UCGCGGGGGAGGCGUCUGGCCCGGCUGGGCGUCCCUGAGCUCCCUCGGCUGGCCCGGGGCGGGUGCCCCACGAGCCCGAAGCCCCGCCCGCGGUGGCCCCUCCUCGGAAGGUAAGCGCCACCUUCUCGGGGAGCGGCCGUGGAGCGAGUGGCCGGCGGGCGCCCCGCCUCCCGCGAGUAGUGACCAGGCGCCGGCGCCCGCACUUGGGGCUCCCCGCACCGCCGCUCGCUCACCUGCGCCCGCCGCCCGUCUCGGUGCGCGCCCGGCCCGCCGCGCCCCCGAGCGCCACCAUGAACUCGCUCUUCAGGAAGAGAAACAAAGGCAAAUACAGCCCCAAGGUGCAGACCCGCAGCAUCUCCAACAAGGAGCUCUCGGAGCUGAUCGAGCAGCUGCAGAAAAAUGCCGACCAGGUGGAGAAGAACAUCGUGGACACCGGGGCCAAGAUGCAGAGCGACCUGGCACGGCUGCAGGAGGGCCAGCAACCUGAGCACCGGGACGUGGUCCUGCAGAAGGUGUCGGACUCGGAGAAGCUGCUGUUUGUGCUGGAGGCGGACGCGGCCAUCGCCAAGCACAUGAAGCACCCCCAGGGGGACAUGAUUGCUGAAGACAUCCGUCAGCUGAAGGAGCGAGUCGCCAACCUCCGUGAGAAGCACAAGCAGAUCUACAACCUGGCGGCGAGGGAGGUGGCGCCCGAGGUCAACUGGGCGGCGCUGGUGGAGGAGAAGCUGGACAAGCUGAGUGGCCAGAGCUUUGGAACGGACCUGCCGCUGGUGGACAGCCAAGUGGAGCAGCACAACAUCUUCCACAAUGAGGUCAAGGCCAUCGGGCCCCACCUGGCCAAGAAUGGGGACAAGGAGCAGAACAGCGAGCUCCAGGCCAAGUACCAGAAGCUGCUGGCGGUGUCACAGGCACGGCAGCAGCACCUGAGCUCGCUGCAGGACUACAUGCAGCGCUGCACCAAUGAGCUUUACUGGCUGGACCAGCAGGCCCGGGACCGUGUGCAGUACGACUGGAGCGACCGCAACCUCGACUACCCCAGCCGCCGGCGCCAGUAUGAGAAUUUCAUCAACCGGAACCUGGAGGCCAAGGAAGAGAGGAUCAACAAGCUGCACAGCGAGGGCGACCAGCUGCUGGCGGCUGAGCAUCCCGGGAGGAACGCCAUCGAGGCACACAUGGAGGCCGUGCACGCAGACUGGAAGGAGUACCUGAACCUUCUCAUCUGUGAGGAGAGCCACCUGAAGUUCAUGGAGGACUACCACCAGUUCCACAGAGAUGUGCAAGAUGCUCAGGAGCUGCUGCGCAAGGUGGACUCGGACCUGAACCAGAAAUACAGCCCUGACUUCAAGGACCGAUACCAGAUUGAGCUGCUGUUGCGGGAGCUGGACGACCAGGAGAAGGCUCUGGACAAGUACGAGGAUGUGGUGCGGGGGCUGCAGAAGCGAGGGCAGCAGGUGGUGCCGCUCAAGUACCGCCGGGAGACCCCGCUCAAGCCCAUCCCUGUGGAGGCGCUCUGUGACUUUGAGGGUGACCAGGGCCCCAUCUCACGGGGCUACAGCUACACCCUACAGAAGAACAGCGGCGAGAGCUGGGAGCUCACUGACGGCACAGGCAACAGGCUGAGCGCCCCAGCGGUCUGCUUCAUGAUUCCCCCCACUGACCCUGAAGCCCUGGCUCUGGUGGACAGCCUGGACAGCCAGUACCGGAGUGUGCGGCAGAAGGCGGCGGGGAGCAGGCAGGCACUCCAGCAGCGGCACGAAGUGCUGAAGACAGAGAACCCUGGAGAUGCCUCUGACCUGCAGGGAAGGCAGCUGCUGGCCAGCUUGGACAAGGUGGCCAGUGACCUGGACCGACAGGAGAAGGCCAUCACAGGGAUUCUGCGGCCACCACUGGAGCAGGGCCGGGCUGUGCAGGACAGUGAGGAGCGGGCCAAAGAUCUCAAGAACAUCGCCAACGAGCUGCUGCGGAUGGAGCCCGAGAAGGUGCAGAGCGCGGCGGAGUGUCAGGCCUUCGUGCAGGCCCUCCCGGGCAGUGGCACUGCACCCCUGCUGAAAACCCGGGUCGAGGACCUCAACAGGAAAUAUGAGCGCCUCGUGCAGCUGCUGAACUCAGCCCAGGAGAAAGUCCAUGUGGCCAGCCGCCUGGAGAAGAGCCUGCAGCAGGGUCGAGAGCUACUGGCCAUGCAUGAGAACCGGCUCACCCAGGACAACACCAUGCCUGAGAGUGGCUGCGUCAUGGACAGCAAGAGGCAGGAGCUGGAGGCCGUGGCCUCCGAGUUGCAGGCACAGAGGUCCCUCCUGGGUGAGGUGGAAUGGAACCUGCAGGAGGCCAAACGGUGCUCGGGCGCACUGGCCAGCCGCUUCCAGGAGCACUGCCCCGACCUGGAGCGCCAGGAGGCGGAGGUGCACAGGCUGAGCCAGCGCUUCCACAACCUGCGCCAGCAGGUGGGACUCAGGGCCCAGAGUCUGCAGAAUGCCAGGGCUGCCUAUGAGGAGUACCGCCGUGGCUAUGACCGCAUGCUCCAGUUCUUGUCCAACACCCCCAGUUAUGAGCCCCAGGAGACGGACAACCUCAGCCAGAUGGAGACCAAGCUCAAGAACCAGAAGAACCUGCUAGAUGAGAUAGCAAGUAGGGAGGAGGAAGUACAGAAGGUCUACACCAAUUCCCAGCAGUACCAGCAAGCUGUGAAGGACUAUGAGCUAGAAGCAGAGAAACUCAGGUCACUUCUUGACUUGGAGAAUGGAAGUAACAGCCAUGUGAGCAAGAGAGCCAGACUGCAGUCUCCUGCUGCAAAAGUGAAGGAGGAGGAAGCUGCUCUUGCUGCCAAGUUCACAGAAGUUCACGCCAUCAACAGGCAGAGGCUGCAGAAUCUGGAGUUUGCACUCAAUCUCCUGAGACAGCAGCCAGACACAGAAGUGACCCGUGAGACCCUGCAAGGGAGCAAGCCAGGCUCCAGUGUGGAGGAGACAUGGAAGAUUAAGAAGGAACUGGACGAGGAGGCUGAACGAAGGCAGCAGCUGGAGAAUGAGGUCAAGAGCACCCAGAAGGAAAUCCAGACCCUGCAGAAUCAGGGGCCUCAGGAGUCACUGGUGAGGAGGGAGGUGCUGAAGAAGGUGCCGGACCCCGCGCUGGAGGAGAGCUUCCAGCAGAUGCAGCGGACGCUGGCAGAAGAGCAGCACAAGAACCAGCUGCUGCAGGAGGAGCUGGAGGCGCUGCAGCUACGGCUACGCACCCUGGAGCAGGAGACCAGAGAUGGGGGGCAGGAGUAUGUGGUCAAGGAGGUCCUGCGCAUUGAGCCGGACAGAGCCCAGGCGGAUGAGGUCCUGCAGCUACGGGAGGAGCUGGAGACACUGAGGCGGCAGAAGGGUGCCCGGGAAGCAGAGGUGCUUCUGCUACAACAGCGCGUGGCAGCCCUGGCCACCGAGAAGAGCCGGGUACAGGAAAAGGUCACAGAGAAGGAGGUGGUGAAGUUGCAGAAUGACCCCCAGCUGGAGGCAGAGUACCAGCAGCUGCAGGAGGAGCACCAGCGGGAAGGUGAGCUCAGGGAGAAGCAGGAGGAGGAGCUGAGCUUUCUACAGGCCAAGCUCAAGAGGCUAGAGAAGGAGCGGGCCAUGGCUGAGGGCAAGAUAACUGUCAAGGAGGUGCUCAAGGUGGAGAAGGAUGCAGCUGCUGAGCGGGAGGUCAACGACCUCACCCGCCAGUAUGAGGACGAGGCCACCAAGGCCCGAGCCAGCCAGCGGGAGAAAACAGAGCUGCUUCGAAAGAUAUGGGCUUUGGAGGAGGAGAACGCCAAAGUGGUGGUGCAGGAGAAGGUCCGCGAGAUCGUGCGGCCAGACCCCAAGGCAGAGAGCGAAGUGGCCAACCUCCGCCUGGAGCUGGUGGAGCAGGAGCGGAAGUACAGGGGUGCCGAGGAGCAGCUCAAGAGCUACCAGAGUGAGCUGGAGGCCCUCCGGAGGCGGGGGCCGCAGGUGGAAGUCAAAGAGGUGACUAAAGAAGUCAUUAAGUACACCACUGACCCAGAGACAGAGAGGGAGCUCCAGCGACUCAGGGAGGAGAUCGUGGACAAGACCAGGCUGAUUGAAAGGUGUGACCUAGAGAUCUACCAGCUGAAGCAGGAGAUCCAGUCCCUGAAGGAUGCCAAGCCGCAGGUCCAGACCAGAGAGGUGGUUCAGGAGAUCCUCCAGUUCGAGGAAGACCCCCAAACCAAAGAGGAGGUGGAAUCUCUGCGGGCAAAGUUGUCAGAAGAGCAGAAGAAGCAGGUGGACCUAGAAGGGGAGCGAGUGUUCCAGGAAGAGAAGAUAAGGUGCAAGGAGGAGGAGCUCGCGCAGGGGAGGGAGAGGGUGGUACGCCAGGAGGUGGUACAGUACGAGGACGAGCCAGGCCUGCGGGCAGAGGUGAGCGCUUUCACUGACAGCAUUGACGCCGAGCUGCGCCAGAUCGACAAGCUGCGUGCUGAGCUACGGAGGCUGCAGCGGCGGCGCGGGGAGCUGGAGCGGCAGCUAGAGGAGCUGGAGCGUGAGCGGCAGGCGCGCAGGGCUGCGGAGCAGGAGGUACAGCGCCUGAAGCAGCGGCUGGCUGCGCUGGAGCAGGAGGAGGCCAAGGCCAGCGAGAAGGUGACCCGUACACAGAAGGUGGUACUGCAGCAGGACCCACAGCAGGCCAGGGAGCACGCCCUGCUCCAAGCCCAGCUGGAGGAAGAGCGGCACCGGCGACAGCUGCUGGAGGGCGAGCUUGAGCCUCUGCAUAGGAAGCUGGCUGCCCUGGAGAAGGCAGAGGUCAAGGAGAAGGUGGUCCUCUCUGAGAGCGUCCAGGUGGACAAGGGCAACACCGAGCAGGAGAUCCAGAAGCUCAAGAAGAGCCUGGAAGAGGAGAGCCGGAGCAAGAGGGAACUGGAUGCUGAGGUGACUCAGCUGGAAGCCAAACUCUCAGAGUUGGAAUUCCACAACUCCAAGUCCUCCAAGGAGCUGGACUUCCUAAGGGAAGAAAACCACAAAUUACAGCUGGAGAGGCAAAACCUGCAGCUGGAGACCCGGAGGCUCCAGUCAGAAAUUGAAAUGGCGGCUGCAGAAACACGAGACCUGCGGAGCACGACCAUGGUGGACUCUGGGACCAACCUUGACUCCAGACUGUGGUCCCUGGAGAGAGAACUGGAUGAUCUCAAGAGGCUAUCCAAGGACAAAGAUCUCGAGAUCGAUGAGCUGCAGAGGCGCCUGGGGUCCGUGUCUGUCAAGAGGGAGCAGAGGGAAAACCACCUGCGGCGCUCCAUCGUGGUCAUUGACCCCGACACAGGUCGUGAGCUGUCCCCUGAGGAGGCCCACCGGGCUGGGCUCAUCGACUGGAACAUGUUUGUGAAACUCAGAAGCCAGGAGUGCGACUGGGAGGAGAUCUCAGUGAAGGGUCCCAAUGGUGAGUCCUCAGUGAUACACGACAGGAAGUCUGGCAAGAAGUUUUCUAUCGAGGAAGCCCUGCAGAGCGGCAGGCUGACCCCUGCUCAGUACGACCGCUACGUCAACAAGGAUAUGUCCAUCCAGGAGCUGGCAGUCCUGGUGUCUGGGCAAAAGUAGGCCCAGCCUAUCUUGGGAGGUGGAAAGCUGGCUUGCUUUCCACCUAUGCUGAGUGUUUCAGCCACGCCCUCUCCUAUCAGACUGCUGGGAGUGCGGUUCAUGUGAGCAGAACUGGCACUGGCUCAAGACAGGCAGCUCUUGCCUCAACCAUCAUUCAACCUGGGUGGAUGACCUGCUCCGGCCUCCAGUGAUCUGACAACCACACACCUUCUUUUUUUCUCCCUUCCCCAUACACUCCCAUCAGCAGACUCCUCAUAUGACGGCUGGAAACAAUCCGAAAAUUAUUAAAGCACAACACAGCCACAGCAGACACGCUCACUCAGGGCAGCAUGGGCCUUAGAACACGGACAGCAAAAUCUAGGCAGAGGCCUCCUUCCAUUCUCCAUUCACCAAAGGACAGGGCCAUCAGGGCUGCCCACAGGCACAUGCUCCGGCUUUCCAAAUGGGAACCAACUUUGUGAGUGAGGCCUUAUCAAUAGUAACUCUGCCCACAAGACAGGCUCUAUGCCAGAAAGACAAGGAAGCCAGCCAGGGGGCAUGUCAGCCAAGCUGUACCAGGAUGAUGCUCCCUCAGGGACAUAGCUCUGAAAUGAAAAGAUCUUAAGGAUGAUGGUGUUGCUGUUAGCCUUAGUUUUGCCUUGCAAGUCUUGCUUAUUAUCUCACUGGUAUUUAGGUAAAGAAAACUGCUGAUCAUUCACCUAAUUUCUCAUUUUCUGUAUCUCAUGUAUUAUGUAAGAAGAUGGCAAGUAAGAGGGAACUUUAUUUAUAGCAUGAAAAUAAAAACAUGGUGGCUUGAUUCUAA